AAUUUCCUCGAAAUUUCAUUCACCAAUUUCUCUACGCGUCUCCGAGUACUGUUUCAGCCUUUCAGCUACGACUUCCCCUCCCUUCUCUCUUCUAUAAUCGGUAUAUAUACGCUUACUUGUGUGCAUCUAUGUUUUGUUCGUGUUUUAUUUUCAUCGAUUGUAUAGUUUUUGAAUUUUUUUAGCUUAAUUUUGGAGGUGACUGCGAAUUUGUCCGCUUUCACUGUUUUUUAUAGGUGAAAGUAUGAUGAAUUUGGAUUUAGUGCAUCAAAUGAGUCGCCCGCAGGAUCCUCACAGAGGUUUCCUCCCAUUCGGAAAUCCAUUCCGCAUGAUGCUACCAAAGGGAUCCUCACUGUCACCGAAGAUGCUCGAUUUGUUAAAUGCUUUCGAGGAAAGCAUGGCGGAGAAGCUUAGAAAGCUUAAGCCUCCGGGCAAGGAAGAUGUUCUGUGCUUGACAUGGAUGAAGAGUGCCAUGGAGCUACUGUGUGAAAUCCACGCUGACAUAAAAGUUCUCAUCACUGCUCUCGAACUCCCUGUCUGCGACUGGGAUGACAAGUGGAUCGACGUGUACUUGGACAAUAGUGUGAAGUUGCUGGACAUCUGCAUUGCCUUGAGCUCCGAGAUUUCCCGGCUGAAGCAGGGCCACCUUUUCCUCCGGUGCCUCCUGCACGACUUGGAGAGUGCGUCCCCAAAGCAGUUUAUUCAGGCGCGUUCCUCCCUGGAUGGAUGGAGGCAGCAUAUGGGUUCGAAGAAUCCCAGGCUCGACAACAUCUUCUCCGUCAUGGACAGCCUCGCUCAAACCCUAGACCUCCCAAAGAUCAAGAACUCCUCAAAGGGGAAAGUCUUGAUGCGAGCCAUGUAUGGGGUCAAGGUGGUCACCCUCUUCAUUUGCAGCGUAUUCGCUGCUGCAUUCUCCGGUUCUGCAACAAAGUUGAUGGACCUACCAGUUCCCGAGACCUGCUUGUGGGCGCAGGCCUUCUCUGAUCUCCAGACUCAUGUGAAUAACGAAAUCAGAAACACGAACCCGGACAAGGACAAGGACAAGAUCCUCGUCUUCCUGAAAGAGGUGGUAGCCGUUGAGAGUGGCGUGAGGAAGGUAUACCCCAUCGUGCAAGACGGCGUGGAGAGCCCCGUUGAAGCUCAGGUGUUGCAGAAGUCGAAGCUGGGUUUGGAGAAAGCAGCAGGAGAACUCUGUCAAGGACUCGAGCUCGUUGCGAAGGAGGUGGAUGGUUUCUUCCGAGUCGUUCUAACCGGACGCGACGCGCUGCUUAGCAAUCUUAGGCUUGUUGGUAAUGUGUUCGAGCAAGGCGAAACUAGCAUCCAAGGCCCAGCAGUUAGGUGAAGGAAGAAUAGCUAUGUAUAAGCUCUUGGUGUUUGUAUACAGAAUAUCAAUGCAAUGGAGUUUUCAUCUUUUUUUUCAGAGUA